AUGAAAGCGGCACUUUUGAAAGGGAGUUUAGGACAACAAGACGAGCAACUUUACGAGGAAACGGAAGCUUUCGUGCGAAAUGCUCAGGAGCAGCUUUCUAGAAGUUUCCACGAGCUUGUCUCGGCCGAAAGCUCGAUUGCUCUAAACGGGCAUCGACUACCGCAAGCAUUUAGAAGACAAAAAUCGGCGAUCGAGUUAACGGGGCUCUCGGGAAAACACACUUUUCUCGUAGAAUCGUCUUACGAAGCACCUUUAGCGAAUCGAUCAUUUGCAGUCGAACCAGAAUUUCUUCGUCGGAAAAGAUUUACGAGAAAGGCAAAAAAAGGAAUUGAGAACUCUCGAUCUAUCAGCCAAAACACCUCAAUUGCGGCAGAGAGUUCAAGUUCAGAAGAAGAACCGAGACUUCAGCAAAAAUCACGUUUGUUUUCAAAUUCUUCGAAUGUUUUGAAUGUGGAUUUUGGAGAGGAGAGUUUGAGCACUGGUACACGAAAUCGACAACAUCUGGCAAGAGGGCCAGCUGCUCGUCGAGCCAAUAGAAAACAAGUACAAAGAGCUGCUGAUCGUGAAAAAUUUGGUGAACAAAAGAAAGGUGCAUCUCGAAGCGGUUUAUAUGAAAAGCGGAGCAUGAGCGUUCGAGAUUUAAAUGGACUCGAGGUCGAUUUCAGCACACAAGAAAAUGUGACAAGAUGGGCUUCGCAAAUUCUCGCUGAAUUGGAGUCACUUCCAUCAAGUCGAGUUGAUCUUACUCAAUGUGGGAUUGAAGAUGAAAGUGGCGGUUGUGGAGGAGAAGAUUCGAAAAAAAGAUUGCAUCCCAGUCGAGUCUCUAAUAACUCAUACAAGUCGGGCAUUUCCCUUUCCCCGGGCACAACCCCACCAGCUAAACGACACACGAUUUUGAUUUCACCGAUAAAUUACGAUGGAGGAGAAAAUUUGCUUAACAACAAUCGUGCCAUGUCAAUAUCUGAGAUGUGCUUACCUACUGUGCCAACACCAUUUCUUCAAAAUUCUCUUCAUAGACUUUCAAUGUCACUCCAAUCUCAUAACGAAGCCAAUGAUUCCUCGAAUGAGUGCACACCAAGAGCCUCGCCUUUUCAACGAUCCAUGGAAAAACUCAAAGACGAAAGCAGGCUUCGAAGUGACACUGCUGAAACGUUGAAAGCUAGUGAGGAUAUUUCGACCACUUUUGAUUUGAGUCAACCAUUCAAUACAGCUGAAGCGAAAGUGAUUGUGAAAGAACAGGAGCUGAAAAACAAGGGUCCCACUAAUUUCAUCCCUGUGAUCGUUCCAAGACGAAGACUAGAGAAUGGCCUGGGAAGUAACACACAAAUAUCUGAACGUUUUCGUCGUCUUUCCCCUCAACGAUCUCCAAAAGGUCCAGAAGAAGUUUUUCCACGAGCAAAUGGCGAAUUGAUGGCUGAAAAGAAUCGAUCAGGAAAAAAUCCACGCUCACCAAUACAUGAAAAAAUAGCAAGAAGAAAAGAUCCUGAAUUUAUGGCAAGAGCACAAAGACAUGAAGGUCAAUCAUUAAUCUCGACGAACGAUGAUCAAAGCAAUCUUAUCCCUCAAACGGAUAUUCAUCCACCUGUACCGGCUCCAAGGAAAAGUAUUCCAACAAGGAUUGCUGAUUGGGAACAAAAAUGCAAAGAUCUUCCACAAAUCAACAAAAUUGGGAAUAUUGAUCGAUUAGCCGAAACGGAUGCUCGUUUACAAAAUUCGAUUGCCAAACUUUCGCAAGUUGUCUAUGGAAAUAUACAAGAAGAAAUGAACAAAGAUCGGCAAAAUGGUCAAAGCUCUCUUCCAAUAAUUGAAACCACUCUUUGUAAUGGAGAUGAUCAAUUGGAAAAAUGGAAAAAGCAGGCUGAGUGUCGAAAUCGUCAAGCAAUGGGAAAAGGAGGGAAAAGUGAACGAUCGGUGAAUCGAGUCAUUUCAUCGCUCAUUGAAGCGGCCGAGGAAUCGAGUCGAAAUUCGAGCGAUCGACCCCAAUCUCUUGAAGUUAUCAGUGCAUUGUCGCCAGCACAGGAUGUAUCAACACAAACCUCACCAUUUUCAUUAUCUCGCUCAUCAUCAUUUGAUUGGAUAAACAGUCCUACGGAAAACACGGUUUCCCUUCUAUCCACUCCACAACAAAUAAACAAAUCGGAAAACCCAGCUGAUCCGUCAACUACUUUAUGCCGAUCAGAUUCUUCCGAAGAUACCGAUUGUGACGCUGAAGUACAAGAAAUGACUAGAGCUGCUCAUGGAAUUCACGAGGCACUUGAUGAAUCUCUGGCUCUUCUUUUACAAUGUACAAAGGAAAAUGACACUCAAGGGAUUCACCGUCCUCCACCUCCACUCCCUUAUACGAAAAGUGCUGAAGAGUCUCCGAUGUCUUCUCGUCGACUCAAAGUCACUACAACAUCGAUCAUCACAAGAAAUGAAAACCAAAACCCAACUUGGAAAGGUUCAAAUAGAUGUGGCAGUGGGCCUAUUGGAAUGGCGGGAAUGAGUGACUCGAUAUACGAUAAUGUUCCUGGGAGAAAAACUCGCAAAUUCCCUGAGCCAAACAUUGUUCGGUUAUCUGCAAUCGAAAAUGAGAGUUCAUUAACUGCCCUGCAACAAGUUUCCGAAGCGAUUGGCAAUUUGACAAGAAAUGAACAACAAAAAGAGCUCUCAAGAAAUUCAUUGAUCGGCCUCAGUGAAAGAGCUGGAAGUUGCGAGCAGCUCAUCACCGGUCAACAGGAAGAACUUUCCGAGACUUACAAACUCCGAAUGGAAAAACUAGAGGGCGAGGCUCGUGAUUGUUGUGAAUGGCUUCGACGAGCCGGAUUCCCUCAAUACGCGAAACAAUUUGAAGACGACAAAUUUCCUCUUGAUCUAAAAGUUGUUCACGCCGAUCAUUGCUUUCUCGAUCUCGACUCUCUUCAUGCACUCAAUAGACGACUCUCGACCUUGAAUCGAGCGGCGAUUAUGCGAAUGGAUCGGGUUGUGCUGAGACCGCGGAAUGAAAUCAUGCAGAAAUAUGAUGGCUCUCCGUUAUAUGAUGAUGAUAUUGCACUGUCGGAUCGAUGGAGGUAUCAACGACAAUCACAAACAUGGAAUCGAAUAGGAAAUGAGCCAAUCUAUGGAGCUGGAAGAGAAGUCAUUUCGACUAGACCUGAUCGUGGAACAACCGGUACUCGAGGAUUAUCCGUCGAAAAUAACGAAUCAAGGCCUCCACUGUCAUCUAGGGAAACUAGAGGACUUCAACGUUCUCAAAGCGAGCGAAUCAAAGAAAGGGCAAGAGCUUUUAUCAAAAAGAUGGAUAUUCGAAGUAGUAGCCGUCGGCGAAAAGGCCGUGAUGGUACAGACGCACUUGUGAUUGGUGAUCCCGUACUCGUUUCAUAUGAUUCAGCUUCACCAGAAAGUGCUCGGAUGAUGAAAACAGCUGUGCCAGCUGGCUCAAGUGCUACCUCUCUGCCAUUGAAUGAGGGGAAUCGUCUCUUGGAUGCACCUUCACGUGGAAGAGCUUCUCGCCGACAAGGAAUGGUGAUGUUGAGUCCGGAAACUCCUGAACCGUCGAUCGAAUCCCCAUUUCAUCCUUCAUUCAUGCACACAUCGUCUAAAGAGACCGAUUCUCUCGAUCAAUUACCCACAAGUUCGUCAAGAAGAGACCAUUCAGCUCCAAUUCCUCGUCUCUCUGACGUGCAAUCUACUUAUUUCGGUGAUCAUCAUUUUCCAUCACGAGUCAAUCCCCAUGAUGCUUAUCUUUACCCAAAUCAAAGUCGGGCUCGAUCGGUUGCGAGAAGAGAAGAAGUGCCAAAUGGGUUCUCUCAACGAGUAGAACCAUCUCUUUCCCCAUAUUCUCAGCAAUAUCUUUCAUCUUCACGAGGUGCUCGUCAAUUGAGAAGUCAACCCACUCUUCAUGCGGACGGUUACUUCAUGCAUGAUAUUUCUCCAAACGAAUCUUUGAAUCGUCGUGUGACUUCGGGUUUACCGCGCACAACUCCAAUCAACAGUUCACCGUGUUCAUCGAUGGGACGCUCAACAAAAACCGUUCCCAAAGUCUCAUCUCAUGCACACAAUAAUGCUCAUCUACAUGUUGCCAUGAGUGGAGAGUCAAAGAUGUCACAAUCCUCUUUGGAUGGAUGUACAGAUAGUGAAGAGCAUUCAAUUCAAUCGGCAACUGUUCAUCCAAGAAGAGAUUCGGGAGUUGGAAGCAGUUUGAGUCGAUCACCCAGUGGUCCAUCAGCACAAAGAGUUAGAGCCUCAUUGAUGCCGAUUCCAGUAGUGACACACUCAACAAUACUUCAUCAAAACGGACAUCCAGGUGGAGUUGUGAAUAAUGGUGGACCAAGCGCUUCCGGAAGCUGGACAUCGGCAUCUUCGGGUGUAUCUCGAAAUGGAUCUCGUCCACCAGCCUCAUCUCCACUUUCGGCAUCCAUUUCAUCAUCAUUAUCAAAUAAAGAAGAAGAUACGUUUUUUGUUGAUGAAGAUCUUCAAAGAUGCAUUGAUGCUCUCAGUCUUGUCGAUUUGAGUCGAAUUCGAAAGCUUGCCUACUUGCGAGUAACAGCAUUGCUCGAGAAACGAAUGGCUGUCAGCAAUGUGAAGAUGACAAGUCCGCCACCAUCAAGUGGAACGGCAGUCAAGAAUUGGGCUGUGCAAAAACUGAUGAAGAAGAUCAAACAAAUUGAUGGUGUUGUAUUAAAGAAUCGAGAACCUGACGAUGCGGCAUUUGCCGUCUCACUCGAGCAAAUUUACCGCAAGACCGGCUCUUGCUUUCCUCGUUCAAUACUUGAGAUUCUUCGAUAUUUGCGUCUAAUGUCCCCAGAAACAGUUGGCAUUUUUCGAAAGAAUGGAGUUCGAUCGAGAAUCCAAGAGUUGCGUGACAUUGCCGAUGUACUUACGGAUAAAGACGUUUUUGUUGGCGAUAAUCGACUUCGUACCUCUCAGGUUCAUGAUGCUGCCGAUUUACUAAAGCAAUUCCUACGAGAGUUACCCGAACCUUUAAUGACUGUGAAACUUUCGGAAACUUUUGCUCAAAUAUUUCUUUAUUUACCUGAGCAUGAAAGACUUUUGGCAAUGCAAUAUGCGAUAGUAUUGUUACCGGAUGAAAAUCGAGAGGCUUUACAGAGUCUCCUUUUCUUCCUCAAUGAUAUCGCAAGACAUUCUGAUCAAAAUAAUAUGAAUGCUCAAAAUCUUUCCGUUUGUUUCACACCAUCACUCUUUCAUUUGAGUGCAAGCCGCUUAAAUCAAAUUUCGCCUACAAGAAGGCAUAAAACAAUCGGAGCUGCUGGUAUGCCAACAGAAAAGGAAAUGAAAGAACAACGAGCUGCUCAAGAUUGUCUCACAACAAUGAUUGUUGAUUGCCGAAAACUUUUCUUGGUUCCUGACGGCUGUCCGGUUGAAUCGAACACAUAUGAAGAAGAAUUACCAACAUUGGGACAUCUUGGUGGAUGUGGCUAUAGAAGUUAUUUAGUGAGAAAAUUCAAGGACAUGUUGAAGGAUCACCAAGAUCGAUGGAAAGGAUUCAGUUUUGAAUGUUCUGUUGAAGGAAUUGAAGUUUCAUCGAAAAAAUCGCCUGAUGGACAUCCAAUCCGAUUAAUGAGAGCAGUCACCGAAGUAGAGGCACCGCCAAAAGAAGUACUACAUCGAUUGCUUCGAGAAAGACCAGUUUGGGAUCUCUCAAUGGUAAAUUGGAGACUUGUUGACAAUCUUCAACCAGAUACCGAUAUCUUUCAAUAUGUGGUCAAUGACACCGUCGGUCAUCCAACGAGAGAUUGCUACGUUGUCAGGAUGCAAAAACCCGAUAUGGGAGAGAUUCGAGGAGCGUGUGCUUUGAUUGAACGAUCAAUAAUCUGCUCGGAAACACAAAUGUUAGGUGGAGUGAGAGCAGUGGUUCUUGAUUCACGAGUUCUCAUCGAGCCACAUCAUGGUCGAAGUCGAGUCACUUUUAUGCAAAGAGUUGACUACAGGGGUCGUGGCAUGCUGUGGUACAAUCGAGUGUAUCCAGUUCUUGUCGGACGCCAAGUUGCCCGUCUUCGUGAUUCAUUUCUCAAAUUUCCCAAUGAUGGACCUGAGACCAAAGUC